AUGGGCUGUGACCAGAGCCAAGAGGUGCCCCAUCUCCUGCCCCGUGGGGCAGCUCCUGGCCCUGAGCUGGGGAAAGCCUGCCCAGGGCUGAGCUCUGCCCCUGAUGGCCUGGCUCCUUCUGUCCCUGCAGUGAAGGUGACCCUGGAUCCACGCACGGCUCAUCCCCAGCUCAUCCUGUCUCAGGACAACAGCAGUGUGAGACGGGAAAGUAAAUGGCAGCAGCUGCCUGACUCACCAGAGAGAUUUGACAACUGGGGCUGCGUGCUGGGCCGUGAGGAUUUCAGAGAGGGGAGGCACUGCUGUUUGGUGGAGGUGGAGGGAGAGCGGCUACAGUAUUCACGGUGGGCUGUGGGGGUAGCCAGGGCUUCUGUGGAGAGAAAGGGGUAUUUCAAAGGGACCCCUGAAGAAGGGAUCUGGGCUGUGGAGUACUUACAUGGGCAGCUCACAUCUCUCACAUCUCCUCGCACUCCCUUGUCCCUGUCCCAUGUCCCCACAAGGAUCUGGCUCUGUCUGGACUGUACCCACGGGCAGCAGGUGUCUUUUAUCAACGCUGACAAUGGGGUCCAGAUCUUCACUUUCACAGCAGCCUCCUUCAAUGGCGAGACCAUCCGCCCCUGGUUCUGGAUAAGGACAGAGGGAAUUCAUCUGUGCCUGAGGGACAGCACCCCCAAGACCCUGUCCCCAGCCCUGGGGGGCUCCUGCCCUUCUCCAGAUACUCCUGCAUCACCUCUCCUUGGUUCUGCAGGAGCAGCACAGGAAUGAGGGGCAGUGGGGCCAGGGGCUGCCCUGUGUUCCUCCCUGCUGCUGGAGGAGGGCUGGGAUGCUGCAAGCAGGGACCAGGCCCCUUGCAGCCCCUGGGCUCUGCCCUGCACGUGGCUCCUGUGCUGGGGCACAAGCCGUGCUGGCACCCAUGGGUCUCACCCUGCCUCUGAGCCCCAGCGGGCAGCACAGGGGCUGCAGCAGCUCUCCACGCUCCUCUCCCCUCUGUUUGCACUGCCUGCAGACCCCAGGGCAAGGGAUGUGGUCACUGUGUGGUGAUAGCCAUUGCAGGCCACCUUUGCCUCCUAGGUUGGGGUUGAUCUUUGCUCUGUGCCUGGUGCUGAGCAUGAGCAGCCUGUGGGGGCUCUUUGUUCCUUCCUCUGGAGCACAUCAAGGCCCAGCAGCAGCAGGACUGUGUCAAAUAAAGUUUUGCACAGGAAGAUGGA